AUGGAUAAAGAACAAGCAUUGCCAACUCUGUAAUAAUAGGAGAAAGAACUUGAAAAGAAGCGUACAAAACAAGGCUUGGAUUAACAUUUCAAAUUAUUUAAUGAUCUCUUGAAAUUAAAAUAUGCCUCAUACACAAAGACAGCAUUAAUGCUAAUUAUAGCAUUUAUCCAUCACUUUCUCAGUUAAAUAAGAUAGUACUUAAAUAACUAUAUUCAGAUAUAAGAGCUUAAUAAAUAUUCAUUAUUAAACUGAAUCAACUAUCCUUGAUUAAAUGAUUGACUUUUGUACUUAUUUUGACAUCCAAGGCUUGUUAAGAUAAGAUAUUACAAUUAAUUACAUAAUGCUCUCAGUUUUUUUAUUAGCGACAAUAGGAAAUACAAUUCUCUAUUUCAUUCUUUAUAUAUUAUAAGGAGAUGAUUUUAGAGUUCGUAAGAGAUUUUUAGGGAAGGUAAAUUGAUGAGUUUGUAUGUAGAAAUUUGUAUAAUUAUGUGAAUGGUAUGUGUGGUUAUUACAUUAUCCAGCAAUGAUUGUGUUUUUUGAAAAUAUAGUUUGUGGACCUACAAUAGAUUGUACAAAAACAUCAGUAAGAGAUAUAAUAAUAUCUUUAUCUGUGAUAGGGUAAUUUAUAUGAAUUAAGUUUUAGAGUAUUUUUUGGAACAAUAAAUAAUUGUUUUUUAAGUGUUUUUUUUCAUAAUAACAGUAAUUAGAAGAAAGAUUGUUUAAAUACUGAGAAUUCACUUUAUCUUGUAGCCUUUUAAAUAUUUCGAACGAUUCAUGCAUUUCUAUUAACUUUCAAGUUUCAUAUAUAAAUUAUAUUCAUAGUUCAACAGAAUAUGCAUUUGUAUGGGUGAUGCUUAUAGUAAUUUUUUUUGCUUUUAGUUAUUUUUUGAUGAAUUGUUUAUUCUUUAGUGGUUAUAUGGCAUUUGCUACAACAUCAGUUAGAAAUACAUUUUAAAUUUUAUUAAUAAUAAUGGUUUCAACUAGUUUUUCUAUGAUAGUAGAUGAAUUGUAUAGAUAUAAUACUGUGUAACACUAAUUUGAGAAUUUUAGUAUAUUUUUUACUGUUUCUUUUAUUUUUCUUUGUUGUUGUUUUACUUAUAAUUUAAAGAAUUCAAAUUAUAAGGAUAUCAACUUUGAAAAUGCAGGAGAUCAAUAAAUAAAUAAAUAAAUGUUCAUAAUGAAUACUCUUUUAGAAGUAUCAAAUUAAGAUAUAAAUGUUGAUUUAUUUUUUAAAGGAAUUCUAUAAAGACAUAUGGAAGUAGAUUGUAGACACACAAUUAUAUAAGGUGAGGGUAGAUGUUUUUGUAAAAAGAAAAAGAUUUUUGAUUCUAAGAAAAAGAAAGAAGUAAGUUUAGAUGAUUGGUUAAUACAUAAAAAUAUAUUUGUUAAAUUCUUAAUGAAAUCAUGGAUUGAAAUAAAAUUAAAUUAAAAUCCUAAUUCAGUUGAAUUAUUAAUACUUUAUGCUAGAUUUAUGUUUUAUAAGUUUUAAAAUCAUUAAGUAUCAUUACACAUAUUGACAGAAUUAGAAAAACGUUUUCUAUUCAUUAUAAAUAGAUAUAAAGCAUAUCAACUUAAAACUUAGAUUAUGAAAUAUGUUAAACAUAGAAAUUAAUAGAGUUAUAGAGAGAAAUUAGAAACUUAAAAUGCACUAUAUAUUGAAGAUAUGAUUGAAACAAUAAAAAAGAAUAUUAAUAAUAUAAUGAUAUAAAAUUGUGUAUUUUGGAAAUGUUUAUAGAAAGAAGUUAUUGAUUUAGAAGAAUUGAAUGAAUUACUUAAAAAUUAAUUUGAUAAGAUAGAAUAAACUAAUUAAUUAUGGGUUUAAAUAUAAAAUUAUCUUGAUUUUAAAAAGAAAUGGAAAUUCUAUUAUGCUUGGUUUACUUUAUAUAUUGAAAAUAAGAAACUAAAAAAUAAAAUAUUAGAUAAUUUUUAAGGAUUAUCUGUUAAUGAAAAUGAUAUAUUCUCUGAAGAACUUUAAGAAAAUAAUUUGGAAGAAGACAUAGCUAGUAUUAAAUCUGAUUAAGAAUAAAAAGUAGAUAUGGAUAAAAUAGAUAUAAAGAGUAAACGUAUAGUAUUUGAUAAAAAAGCAUGUAUUAUAUAAACUAGUGAUGAUCCAGAUGCUAUAAUUAUAAAAGUAAAUAAAUAAUUUACUAAAAUUUUUGGAUACACAAGAGAAGAAGUUUCUAUGAAAUUCCCUAUUGCAUAAUUAAUGCCAGAUAUAUAUUCAAAAGUGCAUCCAUCAUUAUUAAAUGAUUAUAGAUUAACAGGAAAAGGACAUUCUCUCUAUUCUUAAAGAAAAGUAUAUUGUAUUCAUAAAACUGGAUAUAUGUUUACAGCAUAAAAAUUUUUAAAAUUAUAUGUUGAUUUGAAUGGGUAUUCUUAAUUUGUUGUUAUGUUAAGACCUACAGAUAUAAAUAAUGAAAAAAAACAUGAUGUAAUAAUUUUAAAUUCAGAUUGGGAAAUUAAUGGAAUGACUCCAAAUGUUAUAUAAUCAUUAUAAAUUGAUUAAGAUUUAUUUUAAAAAUAAAAAGUAUAAACACUUGUAAAUAUGCUUUUAUUUGCUCCUAAAUUGAUAUAAUUUAGUAGAGCAUGUUCAUUAAUAAAUGAAGAAACUGAUUUAGAAUUAUUUGGUAUGUAAAAAAAUAAGAAAAAACGUGAAUAAACAAUAAAAACAAAUAAAUCAAAUAUAAAUUAAGAUAAAAUAAAAAUUUAAGUAAAUAUGGCACUUUCAGGAUCAAGUAAUUAAGGUUUCCCAAAAAGUAAUAAUGCAAUUUCUUCAGAUGAUUAAUUAUCAAAUUAUCAUUAAAUGUAAUCAUUAGAAGUGCCUGAAGAUAAAUAAUUCUUUUAAUAUGCUAGUAGUGUUAGUGAUAAAAAUGAAGCAUAAGAUUUUAAACAUUAAAUUGAUUAAUAUUCUGAAAUGUAAAAAGAUAUAAAUGAAUAAUUGAAUAAAAAAGUAGAUGAAUAAAUUAAAUAAAUGUAUGAAACCUAAUAUUAAAACAAUUAUAAAAGAAUAUAAACUAAAUAUGAUAAUAAUUAAGCAGAACUUAGUGAUGAUAAUCUUAGUAGAGAUGAAAUUAUUAAAAUGAAAGGAUAAUUUAUAUUAGAAGGAAAAGUUAAUAAUGGUGAACCUAUAACUUUUCAUAUGAAAUUAUCUGAUUAAUUUAUGACAGCUUGUAAACAUUAUUCUGAUUCCAAAUAUAAAUUAUAUUAAAUUAAAAAAUAAUAAGAUGAUGUAAAAUAUAUAUAUCAUUAUUUAAGCAUGUUAAAUUAGAAGAAAAAUAAGAUUAAGAAAAAGAAAAUAAAAAAUCUAAAGUUAAUGAAUCCAAAUAAUUAGUCAAAUAAGGAACUUAACAAAGAGAAUUCAAAAAGAAAGCUCGUUUAAUGUUUUAAAAAGCAGCAGAAAGAAGAAAAAAUGAUGAAGAUAGAAAUUAUUAUGAAUUAAUUAAAGAAAUAUAUAGGGAUAUAUUAAAAAAACAAACUAAAGUUAAAUCAUAUAAAAUAAUAUGCACUAUGGCAUUUUAUAAAAUAAGAGAUGAGAGAAUUGGUAUUAUGAAAGUUACAAAUAUUUAAGAAAUCUUAAAAAAUAAAAUAAGACCUAAUGUUAAAAAACAAUCAUAAAUGUUGUAAAAAGGUUAUUCAAGAGGUAUAAUAUAAUUAUUAUAUUAUAGAUUUGACUCAUUUAAGAAGUAUCUAAAAUAUUGAUGGACCUAAAUAUAUGACUAUGACUAGUGAUGGUGAAAGUAAAAUAAUAUCUCCACCUUUACCAUACUCUACAUAACCAAAUUCAAAAAGUAAUAUCAAAGUUAAUAAUAAAUAAAAUGGUUUAGGAUAUUAAUUAUAAAAAGAAGAUAAUUUAGAAGAUCCAGAUGAUAAGGAUGCUUUAGUCAAUUACAAAGGUUAACCUAAAAUGAUAAAUUGGGAAACUUUUUAAAAUUAAUUUAAAAUGUAAUAAGGCACAUAAAGUUUUUCUCUUAAUGUUCUUGAUAAUAUUUUUAGAAAAGAAGACAAUAAUAAACCAAGAAAAUUCUUAGUAAAAAUAUCAUAUUUAAGUUGGUUUCUCAGAUUCAUGUACAUUACUAUUUUGACUUUAAAUCUAAUUACUUAUUUUCUUAAACCUUACACUGUAAUUAUUCUAUUAUAAUUUAUUAGGAUUUCAUACCAAUUAAGAAUCAAUCUUCUAGAAUAUUUCAACUUUCUUAAAUGUAAACAUAUUUAAUUGAAGCAUAUGAUACAGUAAUGGAUAUACUAUUAUAUAAAGAUGCUGAUUUUGCAACAUUAUUAGUUAAUGGAGUUGCUUUAGGAACAUAGGAGCAAUUCUUUUCUUAUUAAACAAAAUAAAUAGAUUCUGGUUAUGAAUUUAUUAAAUAAUAAAUGAAAGAUUUAGAUUAACAAUAUACAUUUUUAGAUGAGUCAAUAUUCUUUAGUAAUUCUGUACUUGAUGAAACUAUUUUUGAUGUUUAAAAUGUGCCUAUAACAUUAGAUUAUAAAGAUGCUUUUACUAAAGUUAUUUUGGUUGAACAUUAGAUAUCUAUUAUGACGGUAGAUUAAUUAAUUUAAUUAACUGAGACAAAUUCAAUAGUGAAAUACAUUAGAAAGAUCACAAUACCUACUAUAUAUGAAGAAAUAAAUUCUGCAAUAAUAACAUUAUCAGAAAUGCUGACUGAUAAAUCUAAUUCUAUGUCUAAUUUUGUAAUUACUGUAUUAAUAAUGGAAUCAUGUAUUUUUAUAAUUGGUUUUUUUGGAUUAUUAUUGAUAAUAGUUUGGAUAUGUCAAACAUAUAAAGCAGUAUUAAAAAUGUUUAUAAUGAUUAAGAAAAAUGAUCUCAAUAAAAUUGUCAAAUAGUAAUCAUUUGUAUAGACUUAAUUUUAAUAUGUUUUGGCAAAAGAUGAUGAGAUUUCAGGAAUUAAUCCUUAAUAUGAGAAAAAAUUUAUAAUGAAUAACAAAACUAAUUAUUAAUAAUAAUAGAAUUUUUUGUUGAUUAAUGAAAUUGAAGAUUAAAAUAUUAUGAAAAGAAAAGAUAAGAAAAUCUUAGAAAAAUAAUUAUUAAGAAAACUAACAAUUAAAAUGUCUUUUAUAUACAUAUUAUUUGUUUUAGUUUCCUCAUCUGCUUCAUUAUUAUUCUUUUUGACAUUAAGUGAUUCAUCAAAAAAAAUAACUUAAAUAAUUAAUAUUGGUUAAAAUUCCAUAUUUGAUUUUAGUGAUAGUUAGUUAUUAUUAGUUUCUGUAAAGGAAAGAUUUUUUAAUACUGAAUAAUAUGAUUCAUAAUGUUUACCUACUAUUAAAGACAUUUUAGAAUCUUAACUAUCAGAUAUCAAUGUUGCUCCAUCAAUUGAUAAUCCUAAUUAUGGUAGCUAUUAUGAUAGUUUUCAAUCAAUUUAUUUCAAUAAUUUAUGUUUAUUCCUUUAUGAAAAUCAAUAUUUUGAUGAAGUAGCAUAUAAAGAUUGUGAAACAAUGUUGAAUGGAAAAUUAAAAUAAGGAAUAGUAGCAUUUAAUUAAUUAUAUUCAUCAAUAACUUAAGGUAUUUAAUAUAUAAUAUUAAAUUUAGAUUAUGUUUUAAAUAAAGAAACAAGAUUUGGUUAAAUUAAUUUGGAAUCUAUUUGGUAAUAUAAUGUAGCUAUUGACUAUAUAAAAUCAGCAUUCAAAGUACUUUUAACUAGUUGGUCUAAUGAUUUAGGAUAAUUGAUAGAUGAAGAUUAUACUUUAAUAUUGGUGUUAUUAAUAGUGAUGGUAGUGUUUUAAUUUUUAGUUUUUGUAAUUGUAGCAGAGAUGUAUUUAGUUAAUUAAUUAAAUACAACAUUUUAAUUUUACAGAAAGAUUUAUAAAUCCUAUAUGCCUAAUGAUAUCAUCCAAAAAGAGAAGAUCAUAAGGGCUUCACUAAUAAAAUACAAUAUAAUAAAACGAUGA